AAUCAAGUUUUUUUACUUUAGUUAAUAGUUAAUAGUUAUUACCAUAAUAUUCUUAAAUAAAUAGUUUCAUUUAACUAUUUCAACUUUGACGUUCAAGAAUUCAGAAUUCGAUGUUGAAUUUCAAAUACUUUAAUCACACUGUCAGCUUUUUUAUAUUAUCCAUUCCAAUUCUAAUAAAAUGUAUGCGUUUUACAGUGUAGUUUGCUGAAAUACCCAUCAAAACAUUCAAAACGUAGAUAGGUAUUUAGUUUAAAUACUAAGGAACAUUGAGAUUGUCCAAUUUUUAACUUCUAAUUUACUGCAUUCAUUCAAUGGCCAAGUAUCUCAGUACUAUCUUUCUAUCAAUUGGUUUAAAACCAGUUGUAAUACCGAGCCGUGUUCAUUCAUUAUUGAAAUGUAACUAUAGUUUGAACUCAGAACAAUUUCACAUCAAUAGUGACAACCAAAACGAAAAUGAGUCUAUCAAAAUAAACCGUCAGCGUCUGUUAAAAAUUGCCAUCAUUGGUGUACCAAAUGCAGGAAAGAGCUCAAUAAUCAAUUCUAUCGUCCAGAGAAAUAUAUGUCCUUAUUCUUGUAAAGUUCAUACUACAAGAUCUAGUGUACGUGCAGUGCGAACUGUAGAUGAUACACAAUUAGUGUUUUUAGACACUCCUGGUCUUGUAGACUCUACAGAAAUUACAAAGUAUAAUUUAGAAAAGACAUUUGCUAAGGACUCAGUAAACUCAAUAGAAGAAGCAGACAUAAUUGGUGUUAUUCAUGAUGUAUCCAAUCGGUAUACGAGAAACCGCUUAGAUCCUAAAGUGUUGAGGCUUUUACAUCUUUAUCCUAAUAAAGAUUCGUUUCUAGUACUAAAUAAAAUAGAUCUUUUAAAAUCAAAAAGCUAUCUCUUAGAUUUGGCACGAUCUUUAACAUGUUAUAAACAUAACAAUAUUCAUGUUCCUGAACCAUACGCUAUGACAUCUGAAAAAAUAAGAACUCAUGAAAGCUCAACAAUUCAAGAGAGAAAGUUGGAAAAAAACGUAAAACAGUCUACUGGUUGGGCAAACUUUAAAGAUGUAUUUAUGGUAUCUGCAAUCCAUAGUCUUGGUUCAUCAGAUAUUGAGGAUUAUUUGUUACAAAAAGGCAAACCAUCACCUUGGAUGUUUUCCAAAGAUAUAUUGACUGACAAAGAAGAUCAUAAAUUGGUGCUGCACAUGAUAGAAUCAAUAUUGUAUGAUUCUUUACCUAAUGAAGUUCCGUACAACUUAAAAGUAGAAAUGGAAUAUUACGAAGUAUCUCAGGAAGGAAAUAUACACAUUGUGGUAUUAAUACAUUGCAAUACACCAAGAAUAGAGAAGCUGGUGAUGGGGAAAAAAGGCAAUCGUAUCAGGAACAUCGCUAAGAAAUCUGAACAACACCUUAGAAAUCUAUUUUUAACUGAUGUGUUCCUCAAAAUGGUUGUUACAGAUAAACCAAAACAUUCAGUACAACACAUGGCAGAUAAUUGAGACAAUAAUCUGACCAAUGCAAUUACGACCUUUAAAUCUGUUAAAGCUUUUUUUUUAUCCUUGUUACAAUAAAGUUAAUUAUUUUUUCAAUAAAAACAUUUAUGAAAAAAAAAAAUAAUA